CUAACGUAAACGUGCUUGGCAAGCGGUGUAUUUGCGCUCUUAAGGAAUACAGAGGAGAGGACAGUGAGUGAGCCAGAGUUCACAACACCUAGAGAGCAUUUUAAGAUUUCCGUAGCCUAUAAGUUUACCAACCAAGUCACGGCGUUUGGGGAAUUCUGAAGACGACAACACGAUGAUGAAAAAGAAGCGUGGAAACGGUGAAGAAGCUCACAUGUCAGCAGUAGCCGAGUCUGGCCACUAUGUGGUGGGACAGGUGUCCGGUAGUUUGUUCCCAAACAAAUCCACGUCAGAUGCUUGCAAGUCCAGCUCCCUGUCUGCUCUGUUCCAAAGGAAAUCCUCAGCUCCCAGCGUCCUCUUUGUUCCAGUACCACCGCCGAUCCCCAAAACUGAAGAGAGAAGCUCUUUGGACAAAGCAACUAAAAGUGUGAAAAUUGAGCUGAAAAAGAAAAAAGAUGAAAAAACAAAGACUGCAGCAGAAGAAAAACUGAAAAAUAUGGAAAAUGCUUUAGAAAAUGCAGAUAAGGAGGAAGAGAUGAAAAAAUCUAGGAAAAUUAAACGAAAGGCUGUGGGAGGAGGGGAGAUGAGCCUGGAAGAGGGAGAGGAACCAAGGAAGAAGAGGGUCAUUAACAAGGCAGAGGAGCAAAUAAAAAGCAGAAGAACGGUGUUUGUUGGCAAUCUGCCUACAAACUGCACCAAGAAGAUGUUGAAAGUUCUUUUCAGAGAAUUUGGAGCCAUUGAAUCCAUUCGAUUUCGUUCAGUGACACGAGAGGAUGCUACAAUGUCUCAUAAAGUAGCUGCCAUACAACGCAAAGUCCAUCCCAAAAGGCAAAGCAUCAAUUCCUAUGUAGUUUUUAAAGAUCAAGAUUCAGCGGUGAGAGCAUUAAAAAGGAAUGGCAUGGAGAUUGCAAAGGACUUCCACAUCAGAGUUGACUUGGCUUCCAAAGCCAAUUCUCAUAAUCACAAGCAGUCUGUAUUUGUUGGCAAUCUGCCAUAUGAAGUGAACGAGCUGACCGUGCGACAGCACUUCGAGCAGUGUGGUGGCAUCGAAGCUAUACGCCUGGUGAGGGACCGGGACUCUGGGAUGGGCAAAGGCUUUGGCUACGUCUUGUUUGAGAAUGUAGACGCGGUGCAGCUGGCUCUGAAACUCAACAACUCAGAACUUCAGGGCAGAAAAAUUCGAGUGAAGCGCUCCGUCAAGAACGUGGAGAAAGCUUCAGGGGUUGUGAAUCGCAACAAGAAAACGGCGACACCCCCAGAAAGAUGUAAUACAAAAGGCGUGGGCAGGCCGAGUCACCGUCCCAAGAAUAAGUCUUCAACACCAGCCUCCCAGAAACAAGGAAAAGUUCAAGGAGGGUCCUCCUUCAGAGGCGAAAUUGCUAAGCCUGGAAAUAGCAGGUCAAAGAAAAAUAAAGGACUGAAAAAGAAGUUCAGAUCUAAAAAAUAAUAUGUUGUUAAUGUGUUGGAGGGUUUAUUCUUACUGUGUUUUUUCAUUCUACUGAUACUCAGACAGCUUUGGAUUUCAAGUUCUAUCUGUUUUUAAAAAAAUUAUUUCAAAUGCUUACCUUUUUGAUGGACAAAUUUUGUUGAAAAGGUGAAUAAAAAUCUAUAUGAAUCUGUUCUUCAUUUCUAAAACAGCAACUUCAAAUUGUUUUUGUCUUCAAAAUGACUGAGAGCCAGGAUAAACAUAAUCAUAAUGGUUAUGUGGCAAAGAUGACAUUGGGUUCUAGUCCUCCAAAUACUCACAAUUCUGGACGCUUCCUUUCUGGGGAAACUACCCAAGUGUUCAGAAUACUUAGUUACGGUUUUCAAAAUGACAAAUUUUCACGUUUUUAAUUUUUUUGCUUGUAUUUUUGUAACAUGACGUGCAGGUGGGACCCAUCACCAUGCCAUGGGGCACAAAAUGGUUAAAACAGAAACGUUUUGCUCAGAAAGGGGGUUGCAGUAAUUAAAUGGAAUCUGAAUCAUUAGGUAUUAUCUCACAGAACAUGUUAUGCUGCAAGCACAAAAGAGAAGCGGCUAUUGCUGUGGUACGCGGAUAUUAAAGUGAUUUGUACCGCCGCCAUCCCGAAUCUAAGGCUUCCGCCAUGUGCAGC